UUAUUUAUUUAUUUACAUUAGUUUAUAAAGAAAAUAUUUAGAUAUUGAGAGAAAAGGUGGGACAGUUUUCAUGGAUCCCAAGGUCACAAAACAACCACCAUCUCAGGAAGAUGUACCACCUCAACCCCAUCUUCAACCCCACCAUUUCUUAACUCACCCACAAACAACAUCAUCAUCAACAACAACAACAUUAAUCCCAAUUAAUAUGCUUGAUUCUUCCCAUAAUAACACUUCCAACAACCCCACAAACCCCCCAGAAAUCAAAGAUUUUCAGAUCAUAAUCCCAGACAAACCAAAUGAUAAUCAAAUUCAACAACACCACCAAAAGAAACAGAAUCAAUUGGGUUUGGGUCCCAAAAGAAGUUCAAACAAAGACAGACAUACAAAAGUUGAAGGAAGAGGAAGAAGAAUAAGAAUGCCUGCACUUUGUGCGGCAAGAAUUUUUCAAUUAACAAGAGAAUUAGGUCAUAAAUCUGAUGGUGAAACUAUUCAAUGGCUAUUACAACAAGCUGAACCUUCAAUUAUUGCUGCUACUGGUACUGGUACCAUUCCGGCUUCCGCUUUAGCUGCUACUGGUGCUUCUAUUGCCCAACAGGGUACCUCGAUCGGGUCGGGUUUGAUCCAUAAAGUUGAUCAAAUGGGUGGGUCAAGUAGUAGAAAUAGUACUAAUUGGGCUGGUUUGAUGGGUAUGGGUAUGGGUAUGGGUUGUGGAUCAAGUAAUUUGGGUAUUUGGGCACAACAACACCAAAACCCAGUUCAAAUUACUGGGUUAUCAACAAGUUUGGUGGGUGUAAGUGGUACAAAUUAUUUGCAUAAAAUUGUGUAUCCUGGGUUUGACUUAUGUGGGGCCAAUAUUGGCAAUCAUAUGAAUUAUGGUCCAAUUUUAGGGGGGAAUCAAUCUGUUCAUAAUCAUCAGCAAGAUCAGCAUCAGCAGGAGCAAGAUCAGGAACAGAGUAAUCAUAUAAUGCCAGGAUUAGAAUUGGGAUUAUCACAAGAUAAUGUUCAUGUGGGUGUUUUAAGUCCUCAAGCAUUAUCCCAGAUUUACCAACAAAUGGGUCAAUCUAGAACUGGUGAAAUUGGAAGUGGGUUGAGUUCAUUGCAUCAUCAACAGCAAGAUCAUCAAACAUUAUCUGAUUCUAAGGAUGAUUCUCAAGGUUCUGAGUAAUGAUCGUCAUAAUUGAUCAUAAUGAUCAUGAAGUGCUACAAGCUAUGUUAUCCGGACUCUUCAUUUCGAUCUAAUUGGUCUGGGACUACUCUGGGUAUCCAGGCCUAAAAUCGAAAUUGUUUUAUGGAUCACUUGGAUCCGAACUUAUAUCCGAACUAGUCCAAUCUGAGGGUCCAUUUAAACUAUACUACGGUUUCUUUGAGUUUGCCCGUUUGAUGGGCGCAAAUUCUAAGGAACGGAGAGAGUAGUAAACUAAUUAUGUAGAGUUUUGAAGGUCCCUUUUUAUUUUUUGGUAUUGUAUAAGUUUUAAAGUUGAGGAAAGAAAACAAAUGGUUAGGAUCAAGUUUCAGUGUUUAGAGCUGAAUUUUCUUCCUUGUGCUCUAAUUUACCCAAAAGUCAAAUUCUUCCACAAUUUUGGUUCUAAUCAAUGUAAAUUUUUGGUAGAAAUGCAAUAAGAACUAGCCUUUAAUUUGGGGCUUUAUAGCUUCUAAAUUUAAA